CUUCGCAGGCGCUCUCGGGAAAAAGACCUUUCUCUUGGCUUCGGUUCUGCAUGUUAAGGAGCCCGACCGCUGUGCAGUUGCCAAUUGGAGGUUUUUCGCCUGUUGGAACUUCAAGUUUUCGACGGCUAAGCUGGCUAGAUCUCAUUAAGCGUUCAUACCUAGGUUGCCGUUUGGCGAGCGACGCUCAUUUCCGUACGCAAUAUCUUGAGUGUGUGUGAAACCCUUGGAGUCACAGGGAACCUCUCUCGGUUUUUUGCAGGGGGAUGGGGAGGACGUAUGAGGCUGCAUCCAUCGUCAUACGCUCCUAGGAUAUCAUCAGGGACGCCUGAUGACGUACCUGCUUCAGUGAUGACUUUUCAUUGCCCACUGGGCCCCGUUCUAACUACAACAAGAUUGCCAGCCUUUGCACCUGUUUUGAGUUCUGCAGACACGUGCUCGCCGCUCGAAUGCUCGUUGACUUCUUGGAGCUCAUUCCUUUGGAUUGCGCAGACCUUCAGGUUCACGGUCAAGCCGUGUUACAUACUUUACCUUGGUUUCUUAGGCGUUCACACCUAGGUGGGCAUGUGGCAUGUGGCGUUCAAUUUCAGUACGCAUUAUGUCGAUGUGUGUGAUCGAAGGUUUUCUCUGGCUUUUGGCAAGUUGUUAUUGUAGCGGAGCUAUCUUUGAGGUUCCACCCAUUUGCACUUCACCCUUUCCAAUGUUUGGCGCUCCCAUGUGAAGUCUUGGAUGUGAACAUGAGCCCUUAAAGAGGGUGCCAAGUCAUCCCUCCCUCCUUCCGUCCAUCCAUGACCUCCGCCGAAAGGGGUUUAGCCAGGUUGCGCGAACGCCAGACUCUCCACAGUUAAAGAGGCAAAAAGACAACCGCUAGCCAAAACUAUGGUGAUUCAGUGCUUGCUAAGAAAAACUGAUGUGUCACGUGCCCAAAGUACACACCUCGGCAUUUUGGGCGGGCGGGUUCCACCUCGUCCCUGUCAAGGCAUCAAUCGUGCAGUUUGAAGAGUGCCUGCAGCAUGGGUCGGUGGGUGCUUUGAUCAACGGCUAUGACACUUCCAACACUGGGGGUGAUUUCAACUACUACAUCACCGAGGAGUAUGAUGCGUUCUGGGACUUUGUCCAGAGCUCUGGCAAACCCAUCUACCUGCACCCUCGUGAAGCCGAGCCCAGCCGAUUCUUUUCGCAAUUUCCAGAGAUGCGGUUCUCACCAUGGGGUUUUCAUGUCGAAACAGCUGAGCAUGCCCUGCGCUUCAUCCUCUCUGGAUUCUUCGACAAUUUUCCGAAUGUGAAGUUCAUUUUGGGUCACGAUGGAGAGAUAUUGAUAUGGAUGGCAUGGCGCAUUGACCACCGGCUGAAGAAGCAGGGCUGGACGCCAGAGUCAGUGUCAUGCCACACGGGGCCUGAUAUGAAAUUGUAUCCUUGUCCCGAGAAUGGCCUGUACAAGCGCAAGCACAAUGUCACUUGGUAUUUGCGCAAGAACUUCCAUAUCACCACCAGCGGCGUGUUUGACACACCUGGAUUUCGACAUGCCUUGUCUGUGAUGGGGUCUGAACGCGUCAUGUUUUCCAUCGAUACUCCUUAUGAAAAUAUCUCAGAAGGGGCAGGCUGGUUUAACAAUUUGUCCCAAACUGUGGAUUUGCCCCAGAAAGACUGGGAGAACAUCGCUUUUCGCAAUGCCGAAGAGCUUUUGGGACUAAAGUCCGCAUGUGGGGCCACGUGACAAGUCACAGGGCUGGACCCGGAUAGGGUCCGACUCACUGGUCACAGCAGUUGAGUCGAGUUCCGUGCAAGUUCCGCAGCGAAAACAUCUAUCAGACGUCCUUUUUUCCUAAGAGCGAUGGCCUCCAACCUGCUAGC